UUUAAAUGAAUCAUUUUAAAUUUAAUUAUCAGACUUAUUAUAUAUUAUAAUGUUAAUUUUAUCAUGUUAAAAGACUACAGUUUUACUUAAUUCAAUGUGUUGACAAAAUAUCAUACUCAAAAUGAUAUAAUGCUCUGAGAUUAUCAUCGGUUUCCAUACUGGUUAAACAGAUUGAUUCUCAAGCACAAUACAAUGAAUCAUUAUAACGACUUAAGAAUUCUAUUAUUUUCAUUAAAAAUAUUAUUAUUAUUAUUAAUUCCAAAUUGUAUUUCAUUAAUACAAAAUAUUAAUUCACCAAUUGAUCAUGAAUAUUAUAUUGAAGAAGAAAUUCCUAUUGGUACAAUUAUUGGAAAUAUAAUGGAUGAUUUAAUUAUGAAAUUUAUCGAUUUCGGAUUAACAAAAUUUUCGCAUAAAUUAAAUUCACCAAUUAAUGAUAAUGAUCAUUUAUAUAGUUUAAUGAUAAUGAAUUUUGCUGAUCCAUAUGUUAAUUUAUUUGAUAUAAAACUGGAUGGAAGAAUAAUUCUGAGUAGGCGAUUGGAUCGUGAUCAAAUUUGCCCUAAACAACAGCAUACAGAUUCACCUCUCAUAAAUAUUGAUUCAACACAAUUUUCAAGUAUAUAUACUAGUACUCAUCGACAAAAUAUCUUACAAACAGAAAAAAUAUCUUGUUUCAUAAUUUUACAAAUAGGCUUGUUUAUUCAUCAGAAGGAUGGUAUUAUAAAUAAAGUAAACACCAAGGUAAAUAAUAAGAAGCAAAUUCGACUAUUUCAUAUUCGUAUUAAUAUUCAGGAUAUUAAUGACAAUGCUCCAUAUUGGCAAGGACACUUACAAAGAUUUCGUAUAACAUUCCUGGAUGGUGAUCCAGUUGGAUCACGUCGUAAUAUACCACCAGCAAUGGAUAAUGAUGAAGGAAUAAAUGGACAUAUUACUUAUGAACUUAGUCCUGUUAAUUCGUUUGAUAAAUCUCAUAUACCGUUCAGUUUGCUUGAGGAUUCAAUUGAUGGACUUCAUUUAUAUGCAACUAAACAGAUCGAUCGAGAAGAACAGUCACAAUACAAGUUAGUGUUAAAAGCAACAGAUGGAUCAUAUUCAUCAUCGUCAUUCACCUUGUCAGCAUUAUCUAAUGAAUCAACAGUUAAACGAUUCACUUCAACUUUGUAUGUAGAUAUUUUUAUAGAAGAUGUUAAUGACAAUACACCACAAUUUACUCAACCAAUAUUUACAACAUCCAUGCCAAUAGCUGAAACAACUCCAGUAGGGUCAACAGUUCUUUUAUUAAACGCUACCGAUUUAGAUUCAGGUAUUAAUGGUAUCUUUCAUUUUAGUUUUAGUAAAGAUCAUUAUUGGCAACCAGCCGAGAAAAUUGCUAGACACUAUUUCGAUAUACGUCCAAAUGGUCAAAUUAUAGUUAAGCAACCACUAAAUGUAGAUAAACUUGAUCAAAUUAACAGUCAUAUUAAUCAUAAUAACAACAAAAUAGUUUUGCCUAAUAUAAGAAGUGCUUAUCAAUUGAAAGAUGAUAUUGAUGAGAAUAUUAAUAAAGGUGCAAAUGUUCAAUUUCGCUUUCGAGCCGUUGUUGAAGAUGAAGCAACAAGACCAUAUACACGCUCAAGUGAAGCAACUGUUAUUAUACUCGUUACAGAUGAAAAUGAUGAGCCACCCGUAAUUUCAUUGCUUCCAAAUCCAGAACUAAUCAGUUCGAAUGCACUGGACGCUGUUACAACAUCGAACUCGUUUAGCUACUUUUGGGUUUUUGAAAAUCAGCCUGUUGGUACUACUGUAGCAACUGUACAAGCAUACGAUCCAGAUUUCGGUGGACAGGAUCAAGUUGAAUGUAACUUAAAAGACUCAAAUUUUUCAUUAAUACGAAUCACUUCUCAAACUCAACCUGAAUUUGAUAGAAACACUGAAGUGAACUUAUUAACAGAGUAUCAUUUAAUUACAGCUAGGAUUUUAGAUCGUGAAAGCACUUCUCACCAAGUGGUUACUAUUGUUUGCUCUGAUAUGGUUGGACAUUACACAGAACGAAAUAUAACCGUACGUAUUCUAGAUCAAAAUGAUAAUCGACCAAAAUUUUCACAUGAAAUACUGUAUUUACAAGUUGAUGAAAACGCUCCAUACGGUACUCAAGUGAGACAACAAUCCCAAAAAGUUAACAGAGGACAUUUUAAUAAUGUUCAUCAGACUGGAUCAUUACAAGGACUUUUAGCAAGUGACUUAGAUAUUGGAAUUAAUUCUCAAAUGACAUUUUUUCUUCUUGAAGAUGGAAUUAACUCAACGAAGUUCAAAAUUGACUCACAUACAGGUAUCAUAACUACAAUGGACAUAUUUGAUAGAGAAGUCAAAGAAAAAUACACAUUAAUUGCAUUAGCAGUUGAUCAUGGAAAUCCUCCACUCACAGGCACGUCUACUGUACAAAUAACCAUCAAUGAUCUUAAUGACAAUGGACCAGUUUUCUCGACAAAUAAUUAUACUUUUCAUUUACAAGAAAAUCAAGCACGUAGUACAAUAGUAGGUCAAGUUAAUGCUACAGAUGUUGAUUCAUCUGCGUAUGGUCCAUUGGAAUAUAGCUUUGCUAAUGAUCCAGAUUCAGUUAAUUUUACAAUUGAUAAAAUUACUGGCAUUAUUAGAAAUCGUCAGUCACUGGAUCGUGAAGAGAAAUCUCAAUAUAUAUUUCGUGUUUUAGUUAAGGACACGAAAAUUAGACCAUCAGAAUUUAAUAGUAUUAGUAUAAAUAAGCUCAAUUCAAAGAGUAUACAGUAUACUGGUACAUCAACAGUUACAGUGAUUGUUGAUGAUAUCAACGAUAAUUGGCCAGUAUUUGUUAGCCCCAAUUCCACAGCAAACACUCUGGCCAUCGCUUUAGAUCAAAAGAUAACCGGUUACAAACUAGCCUAUAUUCAAGCUGAAGAUAAAGAUGAAGGAAAUAAUGGUACAAUCACUUACAAUAUUUUAACUGGAAAUAAUUAUGGUUUGUUUGGACUAGAUUCGACAAGCGGAUUGUUGUAUUUAUCAAGUUCUUUUAGUGAUAACAACAAACUUAGCGAUCAUAAUAAUGAAUUAUAUGACUCAUCAAAUACAUCUAAUUUACCAACAAAUGAUGAAUUCAAUGGUCUUCUACACAAAUCCAGUAUUCAUAUACUUACGUUAGAGGCAUGUGAUCAAGGUCAAGAUCCAAAACCACGAUGUACAUUAUAUAACAAUUUAAAAAUCAUGAUACAGAAUAAUAAAGAAAAAGAUGUACACACUUUAGAAAGUAAACAGUCUCAAUAUAAUUCAAUUAAUCAAUUCAUAAAUGCUCCAGGAUUAACAUCAGCUGAAACAGUACUAUCUUCAGCAUUUAAACAAAAUCACCCUAAUCAUAUUCAAAACAAUUUUAAUUCUAUUCAAGAAUUCAAUAACGAUAAUCUCUACCAAAAAGCAACAGGUUUGGCUUAUGGAAAUCUUUUGAUGAGUAAACAAAAUCAUAAACUUAGUAGUUAUACAACCAAUGACAUAAUGAUUACUUGUCUAUCUAUUAUAUUUGCCUUGGUUCUCAUUGCGACUCUUAUACUUGUUUGUUUGGUUCGCAGAAGAGUAGUGUCAUUUAAAAAUCAAACCAAAAAACCAGCAAAUCAAGUGAAGAAUGAGCCUAUUCAUCAUUGGAAAAAUCAAACUGUCACUCCAACAUCAUCAAUGAAAAAUUAUAAUAUAGCUUCACCGGGACACGGUCAAUUUAUGAGUAGUAUAAAUGAAAAUCCGCUAAGCAUAAAUCAUAAUGCAGAAUUAUUAUCAAAAUCAACUAUAAGCAAUAAAAAUAAUAAUAAUAAUCAUGAUCAUAAUUAUGAUGUCAAUUUUGUCAGUAUACAAAACUCUUUAAAUAACUCAAUUAUUUCACCUGAUGAAUCAGGUUCGCCAAGAAGUAUUUAUCAAUUUAUAACAACAUCAUCAUCAAUUCAGGCGACACAAACAACACCGACAGUAGUCAAAACAAUUACAACUGACUAUAAGCAAUAUGGAUGUAAUACCCGGGAAAUAAACUACAAAUUUAAUCAGCUGGUAUGUUAUUAUUGUGCUUUUUCUUUAUAUUAUUAUAUUACAUCUUUUUGUUAUGUAGAAACAGUAGUGAUCGUUUCUUAUCAUUUAUUGCCAUUAUCAGUCAAUUGACUAACAAAUUAUUAUGAAUCUCACAAAAACAUUAAAUAACCCAAUAUUUAUGAAGUGGGUAAUAUUGACGAAGAAGAAGCAUACAUAUGAGUGAAAUAACUGUUUUUCAAUUUUACUAAUGCUUAUUGAAGUUGGUGUCAAAUAUUAUUGUUAUAGAUGGGUAACGGUAUUUGUACAUAGAAUUGAUUGAUCACCCGGUGGUGACUAAUGUCAUAAAUAUCAGGUUCUUCUUAAUGUAGAUCGAAUUCUGUCGACCAAGUUGCAAUGUGGCUAAUAGUAUAGAUGAAUCGACACCGCUUGCACCAUAUCAGGAAACCCCGUCGACUACCUCCAACUGCUACCUUACACUUCAACAUAAUGCAAUUCAAUGAUUAUAUUUGAGAAUAUGGUAAUCCCAGUUAAUGCAAUGCUAACAAUAAUCCCAAAACACUGUAUUGAAUUCAGCAGAUUCCUUUAGUCUUAAAUCACAAAGUUAUGAAGCAAUUUAACCAUUCAUCUAAGUUUCAAUUAAGUUACACUAUAGAUAAAAUAAACACUCAAAUUAUAAAGUUAUUUGAGGAUUGGGAAAAGCUUUCGUAUAAUCUCUGAUCAUAAAGUCAUAAGAUAACUAAAAAGAAAAAUAUAAUCAAUCGGUUGAAAAAGAGAAUAUUUCCGUUUUAAAGAAGCCGUUUAAAUCUUUAACUACUAUUUAAAAAGUAACCAAAUCUUUGUUUAAAUAAAUCACUAAUUUUCAAGAAUAAUACGUGAAUUAUCGGACAUUCACAAGGACCAAGUCAAUCAAUAUAUUACUCUGUGGAUUCAGAAAAUCUUUCCCCUGAAUAUUAGAUCAAUUUGUAUUCAGUAUAAACACUAAAUUUAUCAUUAUUUCAUUACAGAUAUCCUGAUAAACAAUAGCCAAAAGUAUAAAAACUAUGUGCAUGACAUCAACAGAUUCUGUAGUUAAUGUGUAAGAUUUACAACGCAAACUUGUAAUUUACGUAAACGUUUAUAAAAUAAGUUAAGACUAGUACAUGAACUACACGAAUAUAAAGCAAAAACUGAACUCAUUUAUAUACGAAUGAUAACGGUUAGUAAGAAGACAAACAGAAACAUUUUAAUGCACUAUUGAUCGGUGCACUCAGUUCCUCUCACGUUUUACAAAUUGCGCAUGUUAAAUAUAUGUAUAUCAUUGACUCGUAAAGCUUUGUCGCCCGUAGCUCAUAAAAAUGACAGACAUAUCAAUAUAUGAGUCUCAUUUAUUGCUACCAUGAAAAUCAAGGAAACUGAUUUUGACUAGUAGCAGAGUGACGUAUAUUUAUACAAAACAGAGCUGCUGAAAUAAAGCCAUGAAUUAUUGAUUAUCAAAGAAUCGGUCAGCCAUUCAGAAUAGAAUUAUUUCUUUCAAAUAGAAUACUUAACACCGAGAUCAAUCACUAUUGAAUAUUAUUUUUUAUGUAAGUGGUUUUAGAAAAUGAACCCAGGUCGGUGAAAUGAAAGUAUAACUGUCUAUAAAUUUAAAUACCAAUGUACUUUAAGAACCAUCGACAAAUACAAUAUAAAGUGACUCGAAUAAUAGGUAAUGAAAUGAACGGUCGAUUUCGUUUACUUCUUCAUCAAGUUCUGCAAUUGUGAAUCGAAAACUAUUAUUAUUGUGUUACAAUAAAGAAAGUAUUAAAGUUGAAGUAAUCAAUGUUAUAAAUUGAAAAUGGAAAUCUUUACAUCGAUUGAGUCAUUAAUACCACAAAUCACUCAUAAAAUCAGAUAUAAUCCUCGGUAAUAUAAAAACAUUGUGUGUGAAAACAAGUUAAUAGAUGAUAGUAAAUUUUUUGGUGUGGUUUAUAUGAUCGUAACAACAGUAGUAAUAAUAAUAAUAGUCACAUUCAGGACAAUUAUUAAUAAAAAUACACUGUAGGUCACAAAAGAUGAAUGUAUAUAGAAUCAGAAAAGUGUCUUGGAAAGGAGUGUAAACCACAACAAAGAAGUAAGGGACACAACUAGGACUAAGAAUGAAACGGACAUAACGCCAGUGAAGGUAAAUAGAGAGAUUGUGUAUAACUUUUAUAUAUACAAGUUAGGUUUAUUCGAAUUGAUAUCAGCUGCUUCAGCUGCUUAAAUUAAGUGUUUUUUGAACCUUUUGGUAAAUUACUGGGGAAUUGAUGUAUAACUAAGAAGGAAUCCUCAACUUUGAUGUUAUAUCUAUGGUCGAUCAAUAACACCUCUUUCUAAUUGUAGAGCCUGGCGAAAACGUUAUCAACGAUGAUCAUUCGUUCUGGUAUUUCUUGUUUUUAAAUACUCUACUUGAUUUUUUAAACUGAUUCAAAUAAACUUAUGGGGCCAGCUAUGUUUUAUGUUCAUCCAUUUGUGUGUUUGUGUCUAACCUAGAAGCACUCAUUUAUUAGAAGCAUGAAAUACUGAUAAAGAUAAUCUUCAGUAGUCAGCGAUUGAAAACGAAGAAACUAAACCUAAUCUGUUCUUUACAACUACAGAUUGAAAGUGAACUGUUUUGAAUGCAUUUUGUAUAGUAAAGUAUACGUAAAAUAUGUAUUUCUAUUAGUGAAUUAAGUCACGAUUUUAGUUUUUAGUAAAGAUGUGUUUCAAAAUAUUUUUACUACAUUCCCUAUGUAUUUGUUAAUCGUGAAAUUUCUUAUUUCUUUUUACUGACUUGCUCUGGUUUAUUCAAUUUACAAUCACAACAAUCACUCCUUAUACUAACAUUAGGAUUGAUAAGCUUGUUCACACUACCUUCAAGAAAAGAACCUCUAUCUACAUUAAUAUGAUCCUGUAGCCUAUGUAGGAAAAAUUCUCAUUCUAUACUAUAUUAAAUCUAAUCAUAACAACACAUGUUGUAAUGUAUCAAAUAUUUGUACUCAAACAUAAAACUUGAAAAAUACAAAUUAUUAUUUAAAAGAUUUUGAUAGAGUUUUGUUCUCUGAGCUCGGAUUGUUUUGCUCGUGGAGCUUUCAUUGUCCUUCUGAACGACAAAACCUCUUCAACAUCAUCUGCCUGAACUACAAAUCUUAUCCACCAUUAUUUGAAAGAAUUAGAAAAAGAAACAACAACAAAAGAAAAAAACGAAAAAAAACCACAAUUUAUUUUAUUUGUUAUUUAUCGAAAAUUUUAAUUUAUCACCUUUCACAUAUUAAUUUAGAGUAUUAAAUAGAAACAUACGAAUAUAAAUUAACAAAAUAAAGAUUAUAGAAGGGGUUUUGUGGAGA